GACUGACGCCGAGAGCUGCUGGCGCUGGUCAAUGUUUUCCUUAAAAUACUGGUUCUGUGCCUGACCGCGGGGCGGGAGCGUUGCAGCGCAGGGAUGCUCUUCGCCUUUGGGGCAGCCGACGAUGGAAACGCAGAGAGCUGGGCACCUUACGGGCUUCAUGCCGGCAUGAAAACGUGUUUGAGCUUGUAGCUCUCUUGCUUUGCUUUCCGUGGAAUACGCUUGAGCUUUCGCUGCAGCCAGGACUCUGCGAUUAACGAUGCUACAACUGUGAGUCUUCGGAGCUAGGUGGGAUUUAGUGCCUGGCUUGAGGCAGGAAUGAAGGCAGGUUUGGAUAGCGGCUCUUCAGCUUAAGCUGCUGUACCACUGAUGUGCUUUCCUGUACGCUGCUUUUAUUACUGCUUACAAAAUACCAGAUGUCCAUGCAGUUUUAAGCCUUGUCUAUUGAGGAAAAUAAACCACUCAAGAGGGAGUCAGCAAAAAUAUCCAAUAGGUUUCUGUUUUUAAAAUUGUUUGACUUGCUUGAUUUCCAUGUAAUUUAUCUACAAGAGCCAAUUUAUGCAAGAGUAUCCAGUUACAGAACUGCCAAGGCUAUGAGAGAACGCAGCCAGCAGAGCCUCGGUGGACACGUCCUGUAUGUAGGGUUAUUCAGACAUCCAGGAAUGCUGCACAGGGCUAAGUACAGCCGAUUCAGGAAUGAUUCGAUAACAUCCCUAGAUGAAGGUACGCAAAAUACGUCUUUAAAUACCAAAGGUUCUUCUUCCUCUUCCCAUUCUUCAACACCUAAUUUACUGACAGAAGAUGUCUCCUUGGGGCCACAGGACACCUGCACCACCCUGUGCACGCUGAUCCCCCGGAUGGCUAACAUUAAACUUGCCAACCCGUCAAAUCUGCCGGGGCUGAAAAGCUUCUGUCUGGGAAUGAAAGAGGUGCCACGAAUUAAACUCACGGAGUGCGUUACCAUCCCGAGCAGCCCAGCCUCGCCUGAGAUCAGCUGCCUCUCGGCCUCUUAUCCACAGCCUGACCUGGACAAGCUGGCCCUAACCCCAAAGCCGGCGGGCGACUGCGCCGUGCGGGGAGCUGAGGAGGCCGCUCCUGUGGGCAGGCAGGACAGGAGCCUCGCGGAGAGCGGUGAAAGCGUGGGGGAGCCGGGAACGACCUACGGCGUGCGGUACAUGGGCUGUAUUGAAGUGCUGCAGUCAAUGAGGUCCCUGGACUUUGGCACACGAACGCAAGUCACCAGGGAAGCAAUAAGCCGACUGUGUGAAGCUGUAUCAGGUACAAAUGGAGCUAUGAAAAAGCGGAAGCCUCCAGUGAAGUUUCUGUCUUCUGUACUUGGCAAAAGUAACCUUCAGUUUUCUGGCGUGAAUAUAAAGCUGACCAUUUCAACAAGCAGCCUCACUUUGAUUAAUGUUGACACGCAGCAGAUUAUUGCCAACCAUCACAUGCAGUCCAUCUCAUUUGCUUCUGGAGGUGACCCAGAUACAACAGACUAUGUUGCAUAUGUAGCAAAAGAUCCUGUUAAUCAGAGAGCAUGCCACAUACUGGAGUGUCCCAAUGGGAUGGCGCAGGAGGUGAUAAACACCAUAGGGCAGGCUUUUGAGCUCCGGUUCAAACAGUACCUGAAGAACCCAUCUAGCCUGGUUACGUCUAAUGAAAGCGACGCAGCAAAUGGUAAGGGAUCAGCUGGGAAUUCACAGGAGACAGAGGAUCAUGAAUAUUACAACGAAAUUCCAGGGAAAGAGCCUCCCACCGGUGGAGUGUUAGACAUGCGAAUGAAAGUGCAAACAGACCAAAGGGCUAACUGUCUUAUACAGUGCAAAAAGCAGUAUUGCUUGACAGGCAGCCCAACAUUCAUCAAUAUAUAUGAAAAUUGUCCAGAAGAAAACAAAACUGUGGGUAAUUGUGGUGAAAGAUCACAGAAGACAAAAAAAGAGGCAACAUUAUUGAAGCCUGCCUACAAAACAGAUCUUUUUGAUGACCCGUGUUACAUCAACACACAGACCCUGCAGUCUGCAGUCUGUACAGCCCGUGGUACAGCAACAACACAGAUCCAUGGGAGCCCACUGCGUCAGGCCAAGUUACCGGAAGCUGCUCAGCAGAGUGCCACAAGCAACACAGCUGGUCUCUGUGUUCUGCCACAAAUAAAGCAACAGCUAAAGAAUGAAGAUUGUUACCAUGGCAAAUUAAACAGGAAAGUAGCAGAAAGCCUCUUAGUCAACGAUGGGGAUUUUCUGGUGCGAGAGAGCACAACGUCACCUGGUCAGUAUGUCCUCAGUGGACUUCAGGGAGGGCAAGCAAAGCAUCUGCUCUUGGUGGAUCCCGAGGGCAAGGUGAGAACCAAAGACCAUGUAUUUGAUAGUGUGGGUCAUCUUAUUCAGUAUCACAUGGAAAAUAAUUUGCCAAUCAUCUCUUCUGGAAGUGAAGUGAGCUUGAAGCAGCCUGUAAGGAAAGAGAGUAAUGUGGGACACAUGCAAUAUCACAAAUAAUCCCUUGGAUCUCACAAAUCCCAAGGCAAUUCCUAUCUGAAAACUGUACUGAGAACAUUCUAUUAUGAAGACAAUUCAAAAAAUAUAGACUGCACUUUCUGCUGCUCUUCAAGAAGAUACCCUU